UUUGUUCUUGUCUAUGUUGAUGAUAUUAUUGUGGCCAGCUCUAGUCCAGAUGCUACUACCUGUUUGCUUAAGGAUUUGAAGCUGGAAUUUGCUUUAAAGGACUUGGGAGAUUUGCAUUACUUCCUUGGCAUAGAGGUCAAACAGGUAAAUGGUGGUAUACUUCUUACACAGGAAAAAUAUACCACUGAUAUACUCAGGAGAGUAGGGCUGGAACAUUGCAAACCAGUAAGUACAUCAAUCUCAACUUCAGAAAAACUUACAAUUGAGAGUGGUGAAGUACUGGGACCAGAGGAUGCAACAAAUUAUAGAAGUGUUGUAGGUGCACUGCAAUAUCUUACUCUUACUCGUCCUGAUAUUUCAUAUUCUAUGAAUAAGGUAUGUCAAUAUCUACAUGCCCCUAGUUCAGCACACUGGACUACAGAUAAAAGAAUUUUGAGGUAUCUAAAGUUUACAGAAGGGCUUGGACUUCAGAUUGUCAAGUCUCCAUCUAUGCUUGUCAGUGCUUAUUCUGACGCAGACUGGGCAGGGUGUGUUGAUGAUAGGAGAUCUACAAGUGGCUUUGCUGUGUUCCUGGGAACAAAUCUUGUGUCAUGGAGUGCAAGGAAACAAGCUACGGUCUCUAGGUCAAGUACUGAGGCUGGGUAUAAAGCUCUGGCAAAUGCUACUGCUGAAAUAAUGUGGAUACAAAUAUUGCUCUAUGAACUUGGAAUUAAAGCUCCACAAGCUGCAAGGUUGUGGUGUGAUAAUAUUGGUGCUACUUACCUCUCAGCUAAUCAUGUGUUUCAUGCACGUACCAAGCACAUUGAAGUGGACUUUCAUUUUGUCAAAGAAAGAGUAGCUCGCAAAUUGCUUGAUAUCAAGUUCAUUCCAACAGGGGAUCAGCUAGCUGAUGCAUUUACAAAACCUCUCACCAUGCGAAGGUUAGAUGACUUCAAGUACAAUCUUAACCUAGGUAAAGUUUCAUAG